AUGCCUGGAGAUAUCAAUAAAGGGAAGAAGGCCUUUGUCCAGAAGUGUGCCCAGUGUCACACUGUGGAGAAUGGAGGGAAACACAAGGUCGGCCCAAACCUUUGGGGUCUCUUUGGUCGCAAAACGGGUCAGGCAGAAGGCUACAGCUAUACAGAUGCCAACAAAAGUAAAGGUAUUAUCUGGGAUGAGAAUACGCUGAAUGUCUACUUGGAGAACCCGAAAAAGUACAUUCCCGGAACAAAGAUGAUCUUUGCUGGCAUCAAAAAGAAGAACGAGCGUGCCGACCUUAUAGAAUAUCUUAAAUCUGCCACUUCAUAG